AAAAUCGAUGUCAAAAUAAAAAGAAAGAUAUGAAAAAGUUGAUCGAUGAUCUCGCAGCUGAAGCCAAGAAGGAAUCUUUUGAGAUUAUGAUAAGCGAUAAAGAAAAAUUUAAUUUCUUUAUUGCCAUUGGAUAUUUCAACGAUCUUAUGAUCGAGUUUCCUAACGUAGAAAUUCCGGGUAUUGGAGGGAGUACCGAAGGAAAAUUGACUGUUCUUGGGACAGCUGAAGGCAUUAAAAACGUGAAGUUGAGAGUUUUUGAGGAUCUUGAUAAAAUACACGUUAUUAAAAUCGAGAUGAGUGAUCGUCAAAUUGAUUUCUUAAAACGCACAGAAUGUAAGAUAGCCAACGAAGCAUUAAAGAAAGACAAGAUAAUGUUGAUUCUUAAAGAGGUUGAAGGCCAUGUUGGCGCUAAAGGUUUACAGCCUCAGUUGAUGUUUUUGAAGAAGCCUGGUAAUGAUGAGGAAGAACGAGUUGUUGAAAUCAUAAAAUCGAAAACGUCAGAAAAGUUAGUAAAGAUUGAUGAAGAAACUGGAAAAUUUUUGGCAAAGUCCGACCAUUUAUCGACGUUUAUAAAAGAGCAAUUGAAUAACAAGAAGGUUUUGAUAUGCACUGAACAAGCAAAUCCAGAUAACAUCUCGAUUAUUUGUGAGGAAUCUAAGAUGAAGGAUGCCGAACAAGAUUUGAGAAAUUUAAUUGCCGAAAAUGAAAUUGACAACGGCGUCUUUAAACCAGUGAUAUCCGCAAAAGUUCGUUUCCUACAAGAACAUCGUUGGGACAAAAUCAUGAACAAAAUGCAAGAGUUGAAAAAUGAAGGAGUUGAUGUUGAAAAAACUGCCGAUGCAAACUCACUUCGAGUGAAGGGAUUUCCAAAAGGAAAAAAGAAAAUGAUAGAAUAUCUUGAUAAGAAGGCAAGGGAAAUUAAUUCAAAGACCUUUCCACUUUCCACACCGGGAAUGAAGAAACAAAUGAGUUUGGAUGCAACAAAUGCCAUCAUUAGUGGAAUUGAAAAAAAUCAUAACUGUGUGAUUGAGAAAAUUAUGGCUCACGAUCUUGACGAAGCCAAAGAUGAUUUCGCUGUUGCUGAGGAUGAUCAUAAGCCGGAUGGGAAAUCAUCAAUGAAUCUUCCAUUCGAUUCUAUGUCUUACGUUAAUGAUAAAGUUGUAAAAAUGACUUCCGGUCAAAGAAUCACCAUAGCUGUUGGUGACAUUGCAAAAGAAAAGGUUCUCAGGUCUAUAGUAAAGAAUUGUGUCACGAAAAGCGAAAGCCAAAACUUCCAUUCGAUUGCAUUUCCCGCCAUUGGAACUGGAAAUUUGAAAUUCCCACGGUCGGAGGUUGUUAAAAUCUUUUUUGAAGAAGUCACUUCUUAUUUUACUGUUAAUCCUCAAUCGAAAGUUAAUAAUGUUCGAUUCGUGGCGUACGGUGGAGAUAAAGAAACCGUCGAUGCAUUCUUAGGUGCUGUGGAAGAGAUGAAGCCUAUUUUAUCAGCGACUAAAACAAAUAUUCCAUCACACGAUCUGGGUUUUCCUGGCCAAUCACAAUCUGAAUUUGUACAAUCCUUUACAUCAAGUAGCGCAACAACAAAAGAAAACCCAGACGGUAGCCUAGAGGUAAAGUUUCCAAAACAAACACCUCGAGUUGAAAUCGUCUGCGCUGACAUCAGCCAAGAAACCACUCAAUUGAUAAUGCACGUGACUAAUGAAGACUUCUCGUUGCAAGGGGGGGUCGCCAAGGCUUUGGUCAAAGCUGGUGGUGAUAAAAUCGAAGAGGAAUGCAAAGCCCUUGGAACAGCCCCUCUAUUUUCAACACAGUAUACUGGUGCUGGAAAGUUAUUAGUUAAUCAAAUUGCUCAUGUCAUAGGCCCCGGGAAACCCAGCUAUCAAGAUCUGAAGAAAUGUCUCGACAAUUUUUUCGAUGAUUUGUCAGGAAAAGGCAUUACAGAUGUAUCCUUUUCUGCUAUCGGUGCCGGUGCAAUGGGUUUCUCGGAAAGGGAAUCUGUGACUUUGAUAUUCGAUAAUAUAAGCCGAAUGGCCCUUAGCAAAAAUCCAACUCUGAAUUUGGUUCGCAUCGUGAUAUUUGAGAAGGGAAAGUUUGAUCAAUUUAAAGAUGCAACGAAAACAUAUUUUUCAUCUGAACCAGACGCAAGACGCAAUCCAAAAAAAAGUUCUAAAAGUUUUAAUGUUUUUCGUUCGAAGAAAUUGGGUAAAUCAAAGAUUAAGGUAAAGGAUCCUGAAGCGAGUGGUUUGUCAGUCAAGAUAUUUUCCGAUGACAUGAAGUAUGUUGAAAGUGCUUGGUCAGACUUUUUAAAGAGAAUGGAAGAAAAUAUCGUAGAGCAUACCAUUUGUAACGAAACAAUCAAAAAAUUUGGCGAGAGUGAAAAGAAAAAAAUUCGUGAAGUAGAGCGUAACUUUGAUGUCACAAUUAAGGUAGACUUCACCAAAGGAGAGGCCUGUAUUAAUGGUCAUGUUACAGAUUUUCCUGAAAUUAACGACGCAUUGGGCAAUAUGUUUAAAGAAAUUGAAGAAAGAGAAAACAGCAAAGUUCCUGACUAUUGGGAAACACCUCCAGACGAUAAUGUAUAUCAUGCCUUCGAACUUCAACCUAAGAGUGAUGAAUAUAUGAAUGUGAAAAACGCAUUUGACAAGACCGCAAGCAACGAAAUAGUGAAGAUUGAAAGAAUACAAAACCAGGGUAUAUAUGAGCUGUAUAAUGUAAAACGUAAGGCAAUGAAAGAAAAAUAUGGCGACGCAGACUUUGCUGAUAAAGAGAAACAACUCUUUCAUGGUACUUCGAAGGAUAAUGUUGAAAAAAUUAAUUCAGGUGGACUGAACAGAAGCUUUGCUGGAAUACAUGCCACCGCUUUUGGUAAAGGUGUUUAUUUUGCACGAGAUGCCAGCUAUUCCCUUAGGGAAACAUAUUCUCCAAAAGAUGCAAAUGGAUUACGUUAUGUGUACUACGCUAGAGUUUUGGUUGGUGACUACGCUAACGGUAAUUCAACCAUGUUGGUUCCACCAUCAAAAAACACCGCAGAUCCAAACGAAACCUAUGAUUCUGUCGUCAACGACACCAAAAAUCCUUCAAUAUUUGUAAUGUUUAAAGAUUACCAGUAUUAUACUGAAUAUCUUAUUACUUUUAAGUAACUUAAGUCCAUCAUUUUAAGAUGCUCAAAAUUUUUCUUCUUUUGAUCAAUGAACAAUUGCCUGUGAAGUAGGGAUCAUAAUAAAAUGUCCAAUAUAAUCAAUCAGUUAUUUUUUAGUAGAAAUGAAAAAUUCAUUGCACCAAAAGCUGUUUAGUAACAGUAAUUAUUGAAUUAUUGUAUUUACGUUUAAUCAAUGCACUUAUCAUAAAGGUUGACUAAGCUGGGAUUUAGUCCCACCAAUAAGUUUCCUGCACAUGAUUUAUUGAUUCUGAUGUAUUUUAGUUCCACUGACUUUGCUCAACGUUUUUGCCUAUAUUCAAACAUUCACUUAGAGAAGUAUUUGUAUUGUGUUUUAUAUUUUCUGCACUUCUUACUUCGACAAUGUGUAUUACAAUUAAAAAAAUGCUCAAGUGUUGAGAUUUUU